CAUAAUCAAUUACUUUGGACUCAAGAUAUUGAUGUCAAAUCAGAGUUCCAAAGAGCAGCGAAGAAAGCACUGGUGGAAAAAAAUAUUCCUGUAAAACGAUUGCCAUCCAAAAAAAAUAAGACAAUGAUACGGACAAAAAAACAUUUGUUGACCAAAAAGAAACUUAUGGAAAGUCAGGGUGAAAGAGCCAGAGACAGAACAACGCUGUCCACACCGAAAGAGGAAAACUCCAGAGGAAGUUCUCCGUCCAGAGAGAAAGCUCUACAAAAUGAAAUAAAUGUACGAAAAAAAGUGGAGAUCGCAUACCACCUGCAGAAGAAGGAAAUGAAACUGCUAGAGGUAAAAUAUUUUAAACUUUCUAACAAAUGUAAAGGGAUUUCAACCAAACUUCAGGAAAGUGAAGGUAGAGUUCAGGAUCUAGAAGGUCAGGUAAAAAACCUGGAACGAACUGUUGCAGAGAAGACAAAUGCUCUGAUGUUACAAACUGCAAAGAGAAGAGAUUUGUCUGAAAAGUUGACAGCAAUGAAGAUCUUCAAGGAUAGAGCACUAAAUGCAGAAAAACAAGUCUCAGAGCUCACAGAGGACAAUAAGAAAUUGGAAGCACAACUAGACAUGUCUCAGCAGAAAACAGUUACACUUAGAAAUGAAUCAGAGGCCUAUAAAGUCGACCUUAAAAAGCAGACAGAUCUCUUGAGAACUAGAGAGAACACGAUUAGUAAUCUUAAGAUCGGAUUGGUUGCAAAACAAAAGCAAAUCGACGGUCUGAAAGACGAAAUUAAGAGACAACGUAGAGUUGCGGAAGUGACAGAACUGGAGGUAAACAGAAAUCGCCAGAAUGAAGAAGUGACAAUAAAAAGGAUCAAAUACAAAGAUGAGGAAAAUUUGAGCCUGCGAAAGGAAGUCACGGCACUACACAAGGAUGUGAGUGAUUUUGAGAGGAAGUUGUCAAAGCAAGAUUUGCAAUAUCAAAUCCUCCAGGAGAAAUAUGAACAUGUUAAUUCAGACCAAAAACUCCUGCAGACACAGAAUCAAACGCUGGAAGAAACUAUAGUGAUACUUGAGAAAGAGGUUGUCACAACACAGACAUUCCUGCAAAAGUUCCAGCAAGAGAAUAAGUUUCUUACGAUUCAAGUGGAGCAUCUCAAGGCAAAGCUGGCUGACGAGAUGCGUAGCAGCAAGGAAAGUAAGAUCAAAUUUGAAAAAGACCUCAGGCAGAAACAUGAAGAAUAUACCAAACUAGAGAUGCAGACAGAAGAAACUCUGUCAAAAUCCAGAAGAGCCUCAGAAGCAAUUUACUGUCAUGACAGAAAAAUUGGAAUACAGGCCGAUUUAAUUCGCGAACAGGAACGUAAGAUUAUGGAUCUAUCUAAGGAAGUUCUGAGACUUCAUGAGAAUGAGCAGAAAUUUAAAAUGGUUAAAGAAACAUAUUCUAAGGUGGAAAGGUUAUGGAUGGAUGAAGAGAAAGGAGAUAUUAUAUUUCUCCCAGAUGAUGACACGAAAAAUGAGAAACUCAAAAUGUAUCGCUUCGAGAACCACAAAUUGUCCACAAAACUGAAAGAGAAAGAAGAAGAAAUUAAGGAUCUCAAGCUUGAGGAGGAGAAGCUGCAAGAAGUGAUGAAAAAUCUCAAGUGUAAGUUAGACCUACUGCCGCAAGAUGCAUUGGAUAGAGUGCAGGAAAGUCAGAGCAAAUUUAAAGCUCUCAAGAAACAGAUACAAGCUCAACAGACAGAGAUCAGUGUAUAUGUAACGAAAAUAAAAACGCAAGAAAGCAACAUCACAGAGUUGAAAAAUAAACUUUCAAAUAUCUCAUUUUCAAUGAAAGAUAAACUUCUGCCAGUUCAGUCAAGAAAUAUCAAACUUAAAUCUGAGGACACAGACCCAAAGCCGAUGAAGAAACACCAAAACAUUGUUUAUCUUCCGCCUCUUCAAGUAAUUUCAUGUGGAAAGGCAAAAUAAAAUGAUCUCCACAGAAGUUUUAUAAGGAUUUUAAGGCAACAAAUGUGCAUGGAUUUUGAC